AUGUUGGCCGCCCGGCUGUUGAAACCAUCGCGAUUGCGCGGCGUUACCCGCUCACUCUCGACAUUAUCCUCCAAUCCCAGUAUCAAAGUCUUCCAAGACCCCCUCAACCCGAACGUGCACCUCCUCUCCCUACUGCCCACCACGCCUCCGAACCCCGCCCUCGCCAUCGGUACCACCACAACGCUCCCACCAACACCCAACUCUUUUCAGAGCAACACACACUUUCUCUCCAUCCUAGACGAAGUUCUUGCCCAGCAUGCGGCCGAGGACCCGAGCUUGAAGAGCCAGGCGCAGGCGUUUGCCUCGCCGGGUGGGCUAAACUUUGUGCAAGCACGCACUCAACGGGGGACGGGGACUGGGCCGGGGGGUGCGAGUGCCGAAGGUGGUGCGGGAGGAGCUGGCGUCGGCGGAUGGGUACAUUUGAGUGAUACGAGGAAUCCGCCGGAUUUUGGGAGGAUUGCUUGGCCGGAGGACAUUCUCGGAAGUGUGGAGGUUGACGGCAAGGGGGAGAUUAUUGGCAACUACCAGUCGAGCGGUACCUACCGGGUUGUUACGAACGAGGGAAUUCUUGGGUUAAGCCCGUUUCUACAAGAGAAGUUGAUAGCUAGGCUACGCGAGGAGGAAAGUAAGUCGUAG